AUCUCAUAGUAUCAUUUAAGUUUUAUAAAUACUUUUUAAUAAAAUAUUUGAGUAUAAUAACUGUCAUGAAGUGGUGAUAAAUUUUCUUCUUUUGACCAAUGAUAAAAUAAGUUUUAUUGAAUAAAAUAAUUGAAGUUAAAUGGAAAGUUGAGUAGCUUAAAUUAUUUGAGUUAAAUAAGAGUUGAAAGAGUUGAUGGAUUGAGAAGAGAAAAGUGAAAACAUGAUGGAAAACCAGAAGAGACCAAGAAUCCUCUGCCUCCAUGGAUUCAGAACUAGCGGUCAAAUCCUCAAGAAAUCAAUAUUCUCUCGUUGGCCUGAAACUGUAAUACAAAAAUUGGACUUUGUUUUUCUUGAUGGUCAAUGUCCAGCUCAGGGAAAAUCAGAAGUUGAAGGCAUUUUCGAUCCUCCUUAUUAUGAAUGGUUCCAAGUCAAUGAGGAUUACACAGAGUACAGUAACUUUGAGGAAUGCAUAGCAUACAUUGAGGAUUACAUGUUAAAAAAUGGUCCUUUUGAUGGUGUACUUGGAUUCUCUCAGGGAGCUAUUUUAGCAGCUGCAUUGCCAGGAAUGCAAGCACAGAGAGUAGCACUUGAGAAGAUAAGCAAGAUCAAGUUUGUGAUUCUCAUAUCCGGAGCCAUAUUACGUGGUGUGAAGUAUGGAAGACCUAAACUUGCUUCCCAUGCAUUUUCAAAACCAAUUGAUUGCCCCUCUCUUCACAUUAUAGGUGAGAAGGAUUUCUUGAAGCCAGAAAGCAUUAUUUUGCUAGAGGCUUUUGUCAACCCUGUUUUGAUUCAUCACCCAAAAGGACACGAAAUCCCAAGACUUGAUGAAAAGAAUCUUGGAACUAUGCUUAGUUUUAUUGAUGCAAUUCAAGGGAUGCCAUCAUAUGGUCACUGCCGGCUAUGAAACUUGAGAUAUAUUAAUGUUCGAAAACCAGAUGUCAAUUGUUGGAACAUAGAGUAUAUUAGUGUUUGUAAAUUGAAAAUAAAAACUUAGAGUCCAUCAUUGGAUAAUAUAGCAUAUUAGUGUAUGUGAUUUGAAAUUUGUUCCUCUGUUGUUUAAGAGAUGUCAUAUUAUCAAUGUCUUUUUGGUUUUAGUAUAAUAUUAGAGUAGUUUAAGUAACAUAUUUGAGGGUGUAUUUUCUAGAACGGAUUUUACAGUGUAGUAGGACUCCGAUACAAUUAUAUCUAAAUUGUUUUAUUUUAGAGACAUCCUA